GCAAGACGCGCAGCGUACACACAUCAUUUACCCGUUUUACCCCUCCCAUUCAUCCCAAAACGCAACGUUUAGCAUAAAUUCGAGUUCCCUCCUCUUCUGCCGUAUGCCAUUCGGUCACUCCUCUCUUAUCUCGGUAUCUCCCCCCUUCUCAAAACCAUAAUCCGCCAUAACCAAAUUCACCCCCAUUGCUUCACUUUCUCCCACCCCCGGAAAACUUCAACCAUCCUUCAAUGGCGUCCAUAGCUCUGCGCUCACCUUCUCUCAAUAACACCACUUUUCUGUCUCCUCAUCCUUCUUCUCUUUCUUCUAAAACCCUCUCAAAACCCCACUUUUCCCCUUUUCCUUCCCCCAAUACCAACCUCAAAACCACCUCCAUCAAAUCAUCUUCUUCUUCCAACAUCAACCCCAUAUCCACCUUUUUCUCCCCGAAAAAACAACAUCCAGAUUCCGACGACUUCGUCGAAUUCUCCGAUGACAAGCCCCGUGAGGAGUGCGGCGUUGUUGGAAUCUACGGAGACGCGGAAGCCUCACGUCUAUGUUAUCUCGCGCUGCACGCUCUCCAACACCGAGGGCAAGAGGGUGCCGGUAUAGUCACCGUAAACGACGGUGUUUUGCAGAGUAUUACCGGCGUUGGUUUAGUUUCCGAGGUUUUCAGCGAGUCGAAGCUUGACCAGUUACCGGGAAAAUCAACAAUUGGACAUGUUCGUUACUCAACUGCUGGGUCCUCUAUGCUUAAGAAUGUGCAACCCUUUGUUGCCGGCUACCGGUUCGGGUCCGUCGGGGUUGCUCACAAUGGUAAUUUAGUUAAUUAUAAAAGUUUGAGGCAAAUGCUGGAAGAAAACGGUUCGAUUUUUAAUACUAGUUCUGAUACUGAAGUUGUUCUUCAUUUGAUUGCAAUUUCAAAAGCUAGGCCCUUUUUUUUAAGAAUUGUUGAUGCUUGUGAACAGUUGCAGGGGGCUUAUAGUAUGGUAUUUUUGACUGAGGAUAAGCUUGUGGCGGUCCGAGACCCAUACGGGUUUCGGCCUCUUGUUAUGGGUAGGAGGAGUAAUGGGGCUGUUGUUUUUGCUUCUGAAACUUGUGCACUUGAUUUAAUUGAGGCUACUUAUGAGAGGGAAGUGUACCCUGGUGAGGUUUUGGUUGUGGAUAAAGAUGGGGUUCAGUCUUUGUGUCUGAUGCCUCACCCUGAACCAAAACAGUGCAUUUUCGAGCACAUUUACUUUUCGUUACCAAAUUCAAUUGUGUUUGGGAGGUCUGUUUAUGAGUCUAGGCGUGCGUUUGGGGAGCUUUUAGCUACCGAGACGCCUGUUGAUUGUGAUGUAGUUAUUGCAGUGCCUGAUUCUGGGGUUGUUGCUGCUCUUGGGUAUGCUGAGAAAGCUGGUGUGCCUUUUCAACAGGGUUUGAUUAGGUCCCAUUAUGUGGGCAGAACUUUUAUCGAGCCUUCCCAGAGGAUUAGGGACUUUGGUGUGAAGCUUAAGUUGGCGCCGGUUAAGGCUGUUUUGGAGGGGAAGAGGGUUGUGGUUGUUGAUGAUUCGAUUGUUAGGGGAACCACAUCAUCGAAAAUAGUUAGAUUGCUCAAGGAGGCGGGUGCAAAGGAAGUACAUAUGAGGAUUGCUAGCCCACCGAUCAUUGGUUCUUGCUAUUAUGGUGUGGAUACUCCUAGCUCCGAGGAGCUUAUCUCAAAUAGGUUGAAUGUGGAGCAAAUAAAGGAGUUCAUUGGGUGUGAUUCGCUUGCGUUUUUAAAUCUUGAUAGUUUGAGGAAGUUGCUGGGUGGUGAUUCACCCAACUUUUGCUAUGCUUGUUUCUCAGGGAAUUACCCUGUGGAGCCCAAGGAGGACAAAGUUAAGAGUAUUGGUGAUUUUGUUGACGAUGGCUUGAGUGGAGUUAUUGAUUCCAUUGAUGGUGCUUGGGUUCAAGGACCUAGGUUUCGGAAAGCAGAGGAAACAGCUGGUUAUUUAUAGCCAUUUCAGAUAACAAUUUGAUGAUGAUGAUGAUUAGCAACUCCCUCCCCCGGCCACCCCAAAAAAAAACAAAAAAAGAAUCCUCCCUCACCAACAUGUUAGGAGUAUACAGAAAACUGGAUGUAGGGUCAUCUAAUUUGUGUUUGAAAUAGAAUGAAGAAUGACUCGAAGAUGCAGAAGAGUUGAAAAGACGGUUCUGAGAAGAAGUUUUUAAUCAUAAGGACUGUUGUUUUUAGUAAUUUCUGCAUUUCUACAGUUUUGAUUUCUAUAUACUCUUGUACUCUUUGGUUCCAUUAUAUACAAGGUUUCUUGAACUCAUAACGUUUUAUUUUGA